AUGGCUGAUAAAGAUUAUGUAUGUUUAUGUUGUGGGACUAUACUAGUUGGUAUACGGUGCACAUAUAAUUUAACAACGUGCGACGGGGUUCUAGAGAAACUGGAAAAGUCGUUGGAAUGUCAGAUAAACAUUGACGAAAAUUCGUCUUGGUUGUGCAAGUCCUGUUUUCGCAAAAUUGACUCCCUAACUAAGCGAUCUUUAGUUCUUGAAGCAGACAUAAAAGAAUUGCGAACUAAAUGCAACUUGUAUGCUUUGCCUUUGUCUUCGCAAACGCCGGAAUGUACAUCACCAAAAGUGCAAGUUUAUACACAAGUCAUCAAAAGAUGUGCUAAGUCAAGUCCUCAUCGUGCGAAAAAGCGAGCUAGAGGACCGUUGUUCGAAUCUCCAGCUGAAAAUGAUUUUAAUUCUAAUUUCACGCCACUAUAUGUAAAUGAAGAUGUAAAUGACCGUUCGUGCGACCAAAUAGCGUCGACUGAAAAUGAAGUAAAUACACGUUCUGUCGAG